AUGAAAGUCCGAACAUAUGUCCUUGCCUUACGUCCUUGGUCGUUGAGUGCAAGUUUAUUACCGACUUUGCUGGGGGCUGCGCUUGCUUACCGACUUCCCGGCGAUAGUGGCUUUAGUUGGUGCACUUUAUUGUUAACAUUGUGUACAAUUAUUCCAGUUCAUGGUGCUGGCAAUGUGGUAAACACCUACUUUGAUUUUGUUAAGGGGAUUGACAACCGUAAAUCUGACGAUAGAACUCUAGUUGAUCAUAUUUUGAGUAUAGAUGAAGUUGUAUCUCUUGGAGCUAUAUUGUACCUUGCUGGAUGUGCCUCCUUUGUUCCACUUGUAAUUCUAUCGCCAGCCCGCAUGGAGCAUUUGGCUCUGGUAUAUUUUGGAGGAUUGUCUUCAUCAUUUUUAUAUACUGGCGGCAUAGGACUUAAAUAUAUAGCUCUUGGUGAUAUUUUAGUUCUGGUGAUAUUUGGACCAGUAUCAGUGGUUUUUGCUUUCUUAGCGCAAACUGGUAGAGUGGAUUGGCCAAUAAUUUAUUAUGCAAUACCACUUGCACUGAAUACUGAGGCUAUUCUGCACAGCAACAACACCAGAGACCUGGAGACAGAUAGUAAAGCAGAAAUAGUGACUUUAGCAAUAUUGAUUGGCAGAACAGCUUCAUAUCUGUUGUAUGCCUUUUUAUUAUUUACUCCAUACAUUAUGUUUGUGGUAGCUUCAGUGCGCUGUUCAUUGUGGUUUUUAAUCCCAUUGUUAACUUUGCCAAGAGCUUUUGAAAUAGAAAGAAGAUUUAGAAGCCCUGAGACAAUGAGAUAUGUACCGAGACAGACAGCCAGACUAAAUUUCUAUUUUGGCAUGCUCUACAUGAUAUCAUGUUUGUUUGCUCAUCGCCUCCCAUUCCUUCUUCGGUAA